AUGUCGGUUACCGGCCCGGCUCCGAGUCCCUUUGCGUUUGGCCUUCCCGACGCCACCAUGACCGGUAACUCCCGUCCAGAGCGCCCAAGGCCGUCAACGAGUUCAGGGCGCUCCGGCUUAGCGGCCCGUAGCCGAUUUUCCUCCGCCGAGACGGACGACUCGGAUUCGGACAGCGAGGCAUCGCCAUCCAUGUCCCAUCAUCAGUCCAAAUCGCCAUCCAGGGAUCGCAGCAUGAGCAGGUCACGGCCUCGGGCGGGCCAAACUAGUCGGCCGUCGACCAGUCACGGGUUGCAGUCUAGAGCCUCGGUGGAGAACGUUCCUGGCGCUCAUGGGAACGAAGUACCGCAAGAGUACCGUGCGGAAGUGGACCGUAUCUUCUUCGAGUUCUUAACUCGGAUCUGCUCGGACCUCGACGCCACCGACUCAAAGGGAGAGCCUAUACAUCAGACACUCAUGGCCAAGAAGAUGCAGCGAUUGGACGAAUCGCCCGAUUUCAGGCCGUUUAAAUUCCGCAUCGCGGCCUUCACCAAUGCUUUCCUGGAAGAGCUUGCCCGUCAAGGAUACCCCGAAGAGAUUAUACCAAUGAAGAAGAUCCGAAAUUAUCUCUGGAAUCAGUCGUACAUAUCGCGUUUCAACGAGGAAGGGAAGAAGACCAAGUCAAAGGGCAACCAUAUCUGGAGCAUCGACGCGAAAAAGACUGCCGAUGGUGGUUGGACCUUCCGACCUUUCCAUCGACGUUUGGCUGGCAAUCCUCCCUCCGUGGCAUACGUGGGCCUUCGCUGGAGUUGGCAUCCGCGCAUAUGGGAUCCGCAAAAUUCAAGAUUGAAUCUCCCUGUGAUCUACAGCUCGCCUUCUCUACCUUCUUGGCUAUCAUGGGAAGACGACGUGCUCAGUGGUAUACCACCGCCUGACGCCGAAAGCUGCGAUGUCACCGUCGAGGCUCGAUUUGUACAGGACGGGCAGGAGGAGACGCUGUCGCAGACCGUGCACGUGAACAUUGCCCCGAUGUCGAACGUGGACGCUUUCCCGGCUAUGCGGCGGCCCUCACUAUCACAGACGGCAGACGGCGACCCUCGACGCAUAGCAAGCGAAGCAAACGCCAUCUCCGGACCUUUACGACCACUGCUCCGGGCGGAGCCUGCUGUGCCUCCGCCUGCGUUAGCAGCGCCGAAACGGGAGACUCAAGUGAUGCAGGUCCUUGCCUCCGCGGCGCAACGAGUGGCACAGGAAGCGCAGUCUCAGGUUAUCGCGUCGUCGUUCGUGGAACCUGGUCCAGAGCUUCAUGCGCUGGCGAAACAGCAGCACGUUUUAACCGUCACCGCGCAAGCUGUGGACAACGAGAUGUCUGGUCGCAUGGACGGGCCCCAGCAACAAUCCACCGUACUCGCCGCCGCCGCCCAACAUGUCGUCUUCCAAGCGGCUAUGCAGGUUGCUGCUGACCGAGCGGAGGCGGUCGCUAAUCAGAUAUCAGCCGGUAUGAUACCUGCCCAAUCGGAGCCAGCGCAAGUCACGGUCAACGACGUCUCGAUGGCCACCCAGACAGCGGUCGCGCAAGCCGUGGAGCUAACCGGACCACUUUCAAGCGAAGUUGACGUUCUCAUGACCGCCAGUUCCCUCCUCCAGCAACAGCAAGGUCGCGUCCCCUUGGCUACGGCUCCGGUCCUGGAUCGACCGAUGGCUCCUGCUGCUCCUCACCUCAUCCCAUCCACCAGCAUACCACCUCCGGUGUUCCCACCCGCGGCUUCAUUCUGA